AUGUCAGACCAAGUACCCACAGAUCCCAGUGAUCAAGCUCCUCCGGAUCUACCUGGCGCAGUCACCAGUGCCAUUCUUCCAGCCAAUGAUCCCGUUCCUGAUGAGCUGAGUGAAGAUGAGGACGACAUCAUCCCCAGAAAGAGACCGCUCGGCGAUUUGGUCAACACAAAGAUCGAUGAAGAUGAUGCCUCCGACAUGGGAGAUGACGAUGACUUGUUCGGAGAUGGCGGCGAUGACGAUGAUCAAGAGGAGACUGCCCCCGAGCCACUUCGGACUCUCGAGGACGAAGAACUGGAUUCUGGCGAUGACGAGGGUCGCCAUGAUCGUGCGCCCUCAGAACAGCACAUGGACGAGGAAACUCAGGACAUGAUCGUUCAAGAGUCUAGCAUGAGCAGACAAUCACUACCUGAACCCACCGAUGGCGAGAUGUACCUGACCAAAAUCCCCAAAUUCUUGUCAAUUGACCCCAAACAUUGGCAUCACACCACGUACCAACCACCCACCACCGACCACCACUCGCACGAGGCCGCACCUGGCUUCUCGGCCUUCAGCACCGCUAUCAGUACCGUCCACUGGAGACGUUCUCCAUCCAAUCCUCAGAACAUCCAGUCCAACGCACGCAUUCUGCGCUGGUCUGACGGCAGCCUGACACUACAACUCGCGUCGAACCCCACCCAACAGUACGAGAUAGAGGGCAAUCCUCUUGCUCCUCGCCAGCGCAACCCUUCGAAGCCAACCCCCACAAGUCAGAAGCUUGGCAGAAAAGACCAUGCCUACGACUCAUACACCUACUUGACUGUACCUGAUCCAUCUAAUGCCCUUCUUCGCGUCUCUCACAAGAUCACUGCUGGAUUGUCCAUUCUUCCUUCAGCUGCUACCACGGACGACGCACUAGAGAAGCUACAAAACUCGCUGGCCGCCAUCUCACAGGGCAAGAACAAGAGCAGUGCUGGUGGUAUCGAAUUUGUCAAGAUUGACGAGGAUCCUGAGCUGGCCAAGAAGAAGGCAGAGGUCGCAGAAAGAGAAAAGGAUCGUGCACGCAAGCGAAGAGAGGCUGCAGAGACUAGAGAGCGUGAGAGGAAUGGUCGCGCCCUUGGCCGCGCUGGUCUGGGUGGCAGAGGCUAUGGUGGAGGCCUUACUGCCGGCAUGCUCGAGGAUGACGAGCUUGGUGGCGGUACUCGCCAAAGAGCCAGACCAAAGCCCAAGAGACGUCAACGUGCCAACAGCGAGUACAGCGAAGACGAAGACUUUGGUCGCAAGAAGAGCAACUUUGGCAACGACGAGUACGAUGAAGAGGACGACUUCAUCGCCGGCAGUGACGAAGAAGAAGCUGUCGAAGAUGAUGACGAUGAGGAUGAUGGCAUCGUCGAGGACAGGCGGCCCAAGGAGCGUGCGCCGAAGCGUGCAAGUCCAGAUGAAGACGAUGAGGACGCAGAAGGCGAAGAUGAUGAUGUCCCUCAGGCUUCAAGGACCAAGAGAAGGAGAGUCAUUGACGAAGACGACGAUGACGAGUAA